AUGUUUCUGUACUUCCAUCCGAAGUCGCCGAGCCUCUCUAUUCCCAUGUGGAGGAAAAAUAUUAUCUCACAUUGCAGAGACGAAGAGACGACCUUACAGCUCCUCUUCCCGUGCGAUUAUGCCCAAGAGGUCUGGAAACUGAUACCCUGCACCAAACUACUGAAUUCUCAAACCAUACAACAGACAAGGAAGGGAAUGGAAGAAUCAAAGAAACUAGUAUGUUUACCUCCAACGGGAGUUGGAUCCGGACCAAUAUCACCAUGGGUGCUUUGGUCUCUCUGGAAAAGCCAGAAUAGGAAAGCUUUCAAUGGGACGGAAUGA